AUGCCUGAUUAUUCAAAGUCAAAGUCUAUCAAAUCCAUAACGGAUGGCUGGAAUUAUAGCAUUCAGAUGAAUCGUUGGUUUCUGAAGCCGAUCGGGGUAUGGCCCUUAACUCUCUGCGAGACCACAAUGGAAAAAAUUGGUUGCAUGAUUCUGACGGUGAUCAGUUGUUUAUUGAUAUGUUUCCUGCUCAUCCCAUGCACUCUCUGCACUAUCCUAGUAGACACUGAUCUCGAUACCAAGAUCAGGAUGAUCGGUCCGGUCAGUUUUUUCCUAAUGGCCGCGAUGAAACAAUACAUCCUCAUUAAACGCAGCGAGAACAUCGACGAAUGCAUUCGGCACAUUCGCGUGGAUUGGAGCCGUGUCGCGUUGAAUCAUGAGAAAGAUCGAGAAAUAAUGGUGAACAAUGCUAAGUUCGGCAGGUGGCUAUCCUCCAUCAGCGCGAUCUUCAUGUAUUCCGCAGGUAUAUUCUUCACCACAGUGAUGCCGAUUUGCGCAAGGAGGACAGAGAUCAUUGACAACGAGACAGUGAGAUCGCUCUCCUUUCCAAUUUAUCGUGGUCUCUUCGAUCCACGCACCACGCCAUCCUUCGAAAUCGCGCAAUUCACACAAGCUUUAGCUGGUUACGUCAUUUAUACGAUCACUAUCAGCGUGUGCAGUCUGACAGCAGUAUUUGUCAUGCAUGCCUGCGGUCAAUUUCGGAUACUCAUGCUAAAGCUGGAGGAUCUCGCAGACGGAAAAGAGAGGAAGAGUGCGAAUAGUACGCACGAGGGAAGACUCGGUGACAUCGUGGAACAUCAUAUUAGAAUACUCAGUUUUAUCGCUCGCACAGAGAAAAUUUUAAACGAAAUUUGUCUCGUGGAUGUAGUCGGAUGUACGCUAAACAUAUGUUUUCUAGGAUUCAAUAUGAUGACGUGUAUACAAAUUGGCAUGAAGUCUUAUAUGAUAAAUUGGUAUCGUAUACCAAAUAAGGGAGCAAUCGGUUUGACAUUAAUAAUGGCCAUGUCGAAUGCCACCAUCAAACUUACAGCUGGAAAAUUUAUGGAUUUAUCCUUAGCCAGUUUUUGCAGUAGCGAUUGGCGGAUCGUGCGACAUUAUGACCAUCGCAGAAUGAUGCUAAGGAACGUGUUGGUGGGUCGCAAACUAACGACACUGUGCGUGAUCUUUCUUUACACCGGCGGCAUGUCUUAUCAUACGAUCAUGCCAUUGUCUUCCAGAACGAAGACGAAUGGCAGCUUCACAAGUAGACCGCUGGUUUAUCCGGGAUAUGAUCUCUAUUUCGAUUCUCAAGCAAGUCCCGCUUAUGAGAUUAUCUUUUGUUUGCACUGCCUAUCCGCUAUGAUACAAUACAGUGCUACAACAGCAGCGUGCAGCCUGACUGCAAGCUUUGCGACGCACGCGUGCGGACAAGUGCAGAUAUUGAUGACACUUUUGGAUGAUCUAGUCGAUGGGAAGAGAACUAAAGGUACCAAUGUGGAGAAACGUUUAAGAUUGAUAACGAAACAUCAUGUGCGUGUACUGAGAUUUACGGCCGACGUGGAGAAAAUAUUACGUGAAAUAUGCUUACUGGAACUGGUUGCAGCAACCUUGAUUAUCUGUUUGCUCGAGUAUUAUUGCAUGACGUUUGGCAAAAUUGGUUCAGCCGCGUAUGAAGUUAAUUGGUAUGAUUUACCAGGCCAUAAAGCUGUGGAUCUUGUAAUGAUCAUUACAAUGUCUUAUUACCCACCCAAACUUACAGCUGGCAAGUUCUGUGAUUUAUCUCUCAAUACUUUCAGCACUUUAAGUCGGUGGAUCCUGUCGAUCGGUAUUUGACACAUAAUUUACGGUCGCUCUUCGCAAAGCGAGAAGCUCCUUUCUUUAAUGUUGAUGUUCAUGAGUUUCUUCGGUCUGUGCUUUGUGCUUGGGCCUGCCGGUUCGUACUUUCUAUUCUAGGACAUUGAAAAUAAAAUCCAGUUUCUUGAACCAUUUAGCUUCUGUCUAACUUCCGUGAUCAAAUAUUGCUUCCUCGGAACGCGUAUCUCAACGAUCGGAAAGUGUAUCGAACACGUCGAGAGCGAUUGGCGGAUAAUGCAAUAUCAGAAUCAUCGCAGAAUGAUACUGAGGAACGUGCUGAGCAGAAUAACGAUGCUUUGCGUGAUUUUUCUUUACGGUGGCGGCUUGUUUUAUCAUACGAUCUUGCCAUUUACUUCCAGAACAAAGACAGACGGUAACUUCACAAGUAAAUCGCUGCUUUAUCCGGGAUAUGAUCUCUAUUUCGAUUCUCAAACAAGUCCCGCUUACGAAAUCAUCUUUUGUAUACACUGCCUGUCCGCUGUGAUACAGUAUAGCGCUACGGCAGCAGUGUGCAGUCUGGCCGCGAACUUUGCGACGCACGCACGCGGACAGGUGCAGAUAUUGGUGAUGCUUUUGGAUGAUCUAAUUAAUGGGAAGAGGACUGAAGGUACCAAUAUGGAGAAACGUCUGAGCUUCUUAACGAAGCAUCACGUGCGUGUGCUGAGAUUUACGACUGACGUGGAGAAAAUAUUACAUGAAGUAUGCUUAGUGGAACUGGUGACUGCAACCUUGAUGAUAUGCUUGCUCGAGUACCUUUUCUUAAUGGAAUGGGAGAAUAGCGACGCCGUGAGCAUCAUGUCAUAUAUUUUGUUACUUAUAGCCUUAACAUUCAAUGAUCUAAUAUUUUGUUAUAUCGGCGAACUUCUCGUAGAAGAGUUUGGCAAAAUCGGUUUAGCAGCGUAUGAAGUUAAUUGGUAUGAUUUUGGCCAAAAGGCUGUGGAUCUUAUUAUGAUUAUGAUGAAGUCUUAUUAUCCACCCAAGCUUACAGCUGGCAAAUUCUGUGAUUUAUCUCUCAAUACUUUCAGCGCCGUGAGUUUUUGGCAUAUCGCCUGGAAGAUAUCUAAGUUACGCAUUGUGCGUGGACUCGUGAACUUUCAACCCCUUCGCGCUUUCACAUUACUGGACGAGCCCUCAGACGAUCAUUACUUUCCCGCGCUUGCGUCACGAGAAACGGAACGUUGCGUAACGUUCGCGUUUCAGUCAUCGUUGUGCUCCGUGAGCGACAGCAUGCGCGAUCGAUUCCAACUUAUAGAAAGAACGCUCAAGAUGUACAAUAUAUAUUAUAAGCAUGAUAUACGUUACACAAUGCAGCUGUGCCGCUGGAUGCUAAAACCGAUCGGUAUGUGGCAUCCGAUCUAUGGUCAUAGUCCGUCGCAGAUUGAAAAGUUCAUCUCGAUAAUAUUAACCGUCAUAUGCUUCUCCGCUCUAUGUUUCGUCCUGAUACCUGCCGGAUUUUAUACUUUAUUUCGCGAAAAGGACAUCAGCAUUAAAAUCAAGCUUUUCGGUCCGGUCGGCUUCUGCCUGACUAACACAAUUAAAUAUUGUUACUUUGGUGCGCGCGCUGCCGCGUUCGGAAGAUGUAUUCGACAUGUCGAGGACGAUUGGCGGAUCGUGCAUCAUCAAACUCGCGAGAUAAUGCUGAAGCAAGUGCUAGGACGCAGACUCACCACGCUGUGUGCGAUUUUCCUUUACAUCGGUGGAUUGUCUUACUAUAUAAUAAUGCCGUUAUCUUCUAGACAAGAAAUUAACGAGAACUACACGAUUAGAAUAAACACUUAUCCCGGUUACGAUAUGUUUUUCGAUCCCACAGCCAGCCCUGCUUAUGAGAUCAUGUUCUGCAUUCAUAUUCUAUUCGCGAUGAUCUCGCUUCAAAUCACAACGGCAUCCUGUAGUUUGGCAGCGAUUUUUGUGACGCACGCGUGCGGACAAAUAGAUAUACUAAUAUUGUUGUUGGAUGAUUUGGUGGAAGGAAAAUGGAGCAAGGACACCACCGUGAAAAAACGUCUGAGCGCGAUUGCGAAACAUCAUGUACGAAUACUGAGAUUUUCAGCCAGCGUGGAGGAAGUGCUACGCGAAAUAUGUUUACUGGAACUGCUGACUUAUACCUUGACUAUAUGUUUGCUCGAAUAUUAUUGCCUAACGUAUAGCAAAAUUGGUGCUGCUACCUAUGAAAUCGACUGGUAUAAUUUAUCUGGGAAUAAAGCUCUGGAACUCGUGCUAGUCAUCGCAAUGUCUCAUCAUCCGCCUAAACUUACAGCUGGCAAAUUUAUCGAGUUAUCUAUGAAUACAUUUAGUGCUGUAAUUUUCCAUUUCAUGCCAAAAGAACACUCCCAAAUUUUUAUUUUAAAAUAUUAA